UCUAACCGAUGCGUCCAGUAGUGUGGGCGCACUCAAUGAGGCAGGGACGGGCUGAGCGCUGGGGCAGGGUGGGGCUGCGAAGGGAUGAGGGCGGGGAGGCCGGGCUAGCCGCUCAGACUGAAGGUGGCGGUGCCCGUGGGCGGGGAGGGUGGCAGGGGCGGGCUCUGCCGAGGCUCCCGACUCAGGUGGGCGGUGCGGCCCAGGUGCGCCCGCCCGCCCGCCCGCUUGCUCGCCUGCAGCCGCUCCGCCCGCCUCCCAGCGGCGUCUCCCACCCGCCCGCCUGCCCGCCCGCACGUCCGGGUGACGACCGUUAGUCCCGCCCGCAGCAGACGGCGCGGCAGCUCUGAGAGCUGCUCCUGUCUGUAAUCGGGAGGUUCCCCCACGGCCAAGACUAGCUGGAGAGAGGCCGGGGAGUGCGGCCGCAGCAGGGCGGAGAGAUUCCGAACGACUUGACCUUCCCAGCACGCCGCCGCCGCUGCCCUUCCAGUAGCCGUCGGGGCGUUGCUGGCGGGCCCCGUUAAUUGUUGAGGUUUUUUUUUCUUAAGGGGUGGUACCUCGGCAUGAACUUUAAAGGCAGAGAUGACAGACUUUGUUGUUUGGAAGCCUACCUUGCUUUGACAAGUCUUAAGAACUCAAGGUUGACUGGUGGUAAGAUAUUCCACUUUAAUGAGGGCAUCCGGUUUAACGAAGCAGUUCUCUGACUUGUAUUGGGCAGAGCUUGAAGAUGUCCCAAAGGCACUCAGCCAGCCACCGAGCAGGAAACAACAUGGGCUCCUCUGCUGUCACCGUCAAGUGUCCCAGCCUCAUAGACUCUUGUUCCGCAUCCUCCUUUAAACUUAGGGGCCAUCACGAGCUGUCAGAGUCUUGCAGCUUUAAUAAGAAAGAAAAAGAGCCAGCGCUAACCUGUGAGCAUCCUGAAACUCCGAGUCUAGGUUUCUCCAAUCCUGCAGUGUCUCCCAGUCAAAGAAAGAAAUCUGUGUCCCUAAGGAAGGACAGGGAUAAAAGCCCAGAACUUUGUGAGACUCCUCAACUCAGAAGGAAAAAAUGCACAUUACGCAGGCGGCUAGACUUAUCUUUCACUCUUUUGAAGGGGGAUUCUGAUUUACAAAGCAGUUCUCUGGAAAGUAAUAUGAGCCAAGGUCUUAGCCUAGAAAAACAUUUGCCAGGUAGCACUUCAGGUUUCCCAAAGGAAGACAACUUUAGCCCAUUAGUUACCAGCACAAUCAAAACAGAGGAUGCUAUUUCCAGCAGCCAGAACUCAAGGUUACAUUUUUCUCAGCACAAGACUUCCACCAUUGAUGAUUCCAAAGACAACUGUGGCUUAUUUGAAGUGGAAUGUCUGUCUCCAAUUGAAGGCAAUGAUUUUAAAGAUUCUAUCACACACUUUAGUGACAGCAGUUUAAGUGUUAGUGAUGAGAAUACAUGUCCUGAACUUCUGGGCUCCUCUGGUAGCCAAACAACCUAUGGAGCAGAUGUGGCCACCUCUGUAACUCCAGUAAGUAGUCUCACAGCAGAAAUCAAAUUUAAUAGAAGCCAAACCCUUGAUUUUUCAGCAGAAGUGAGAGACAGUCUUUCAACACCUGAAGACAGUGGCUUUUGCUCAGUUAGCUGGGACAAAUCAGAAGAUUUCCUCUCUGACCAAGAGGGCUCUUUUCAAGAACUGCUUCAAAAACAUAGGGGGACUCCCAAAGUUGGGGACCUGGUAAAAAAGCCAAAGCAUUUUGGGAGGUUGAGAAGACUGUCCACUCUCCAGGAGCAAGGCUCCCAGUCAGAGACAGAAGAUGAAAUGCAGGCGGUCCAUCCCAACUCUGAAACGAGAGUGGGCGCUGCUUCAGGUGUCUUGGCGAGUCAGCGGGGCCCUGAGGAGAAGACUGGGGAUUUGGCUUUAAGCUUUAAGGACUUAUCAAACACUCCAGCCCUGCAGUUGGCGCAUGAGCUCUUUAUGAAAAGCAAAAGGAAGCGCUUCCAGCAGGAAGAUGAUCAGGAAUUCCCUGAGGAAAGGGAUGAGGGGAAAAUUGCCAGACUGCAGCGUUUUCUCGCAGGACUGAUUGGCAAGAAGAUGGGCAUAGAACAGCUGGAUAUCCUGACAGAAUUACAGUUUAGAAACUUGAAGCAUAUCCUAGCUAUGGUUUUAGAUUCCUUGACUUCGGAAAGUUUAUACAGUGCUUGGAACGUCAGCAGAAACUGGCGUGAAAUUGUGGCUCAGGAUAAAAAGGCAAACAGGAGGAGGAAACUUUAUAUCAUACAGCUGAAAGCAAAUGCUCAGAGGGCCGCUGUGUUACGUGUCCAGGAUGCUGCCACUCGGCUCCGCCUUCUGAGUCGCUUGGCCUUAAGAUCAGUGCAGGCACAGGCACCCAGUGGUCAGAUGGAGCAGGUUCCAACUCUGUCCCCUUGCGGGGAUGUUCUGACACCUGUAGCAAGCUCUUCCCUCACCCACCUACGGAGUAGACAGGAACAGUACGUGAAGGUUGCCAGGACACUGUUUACUGAUGAAGCCUUAAAGCCUUGCCCGAGGUGCCAAUCCCCUGCUAAGUACCAGCCACAUAAGAGGAGGGGGAUUUGCAGCCGCCUGGCCUGUGGCUUUGACUUUUGUGUGUUGUGUCUGUGCGCUUAUCAUGGGUCUGAAGACUGUAGAAGAGGGUCAGCAAAGGCGAGAGGUAGCAAAGAUAUUCUCCCAGGGAGUGCCCAAAGCAAGCGGAACUUAAAACGCCUCUGAAGAGACUAAGGAACCACUCCUCCGCUGGCCCGCGUUCUGUCUGACUUAAAAUUAUGACUAUUUUGAACAUAAGCAAAUCUUCCCAUUGAUGACAAACGGUGAUUUAUUUCCUACUUUGUAUAUGUUAUAAUGCACACCAUUGUAUAUUUUCUUUAAAGUGAUGAGUUUGAAAGAAUUUUAUUUUACUAUGUCAUAUUCCAUUUUAAACAUUUUGAUGUUUUAAAUAAAGAAUUUUCAGGGUUGUUACAUUUGUGUGUUUUAUUGCUCCAUGUAACCUUUUUAAGCUUGUGCAUUUCAUAACAAUGUGUUGAAAUGUUCUUCAAUUAUUUAAAAAAUAAUUUCCAAAUAAUUUGAAAAAUUUGAACUUGAGGCCAGUGAACUUUCAGGUUUGGAAAAUGAGUUGAUGGCUGAAAUUAAAUAAAAUGCUUUUAGAAGUUCCA